CCUGUAAUUUCCUCUCUGCCGACGGUCCUCUGUGCAGCAGCAUCAGUGGCGCAAUGCUCACUCUGCAACAUUAAGCUUCAUUUUCCCCCCCAACCACCCUUAAAGCGAGGGUAUCUCCUCGUAUCUUUUAUACCUUUCUUUUUUUUUUUUCAUUUUAUCGAGCGAGCAGCGCCGGCUUGUCGGAUAUGCCUAACAUCGUGCUUUUUAGCGGGAGCUCCCACCACGACCUGUCCCAGAAAGUGGCGGAUCGGCUGGGAUUGGAGCUGGGAAAAGUGAUAACGAAGAAAUUCAGCAACCAGGAGACAUGUGUGGAAAUUGGGGAAAGUGUGCGUGGUGAAGAUGUGUACAUCAUUCAGAGUGGUUGCGGUGAAAUUAAUGACAACCUAAUGGAAUUGCUAAUCAUGAUAAACGCCUGCAAGAUCGCCUCGUCGUCCCGAGUCACUGCCGUCAUCCCCUGCUUCCCCUACGCCCGCCAGGACAAGAAAGACAAGAGUCGAGCGCCCAUAUCAGCCAAACUGGUAGCAAACAUGUUGUCUGUGGCUGGUGCGGACCAUAUCAUCACCAUGGACCUCCACGCGUCACAGAUCCAGGGCUUCUUUGACAUUGCUGUAGACAACCUGUACGCUGAGCCUGCUGUCCUGCAGUGGAUCAAGGAACACAUUCCCGAAUGGAAGAAUUGUAUCAUCGUGUCUCCAGACGCAGGAGGAGCAAAACGUGUGACGUCCAUAGCGGACCGGCUGAACGUGGACUUCGCUCUGAUCCACAAAGAGAGGAAGAAGGCCAACGAGGUGGACCGCAUGGUGCUGGUCGGUGACGUCAAGGACCGCGUGGCCAUCCUGGUGGACGACAUGGCCGACACCUGCGGCACCAUCUGCCACGCUGCUGACAAGCUAAUUGAUGCUGGAGCUGUGAAGGUCUACGCCAUCCUCACACACGGCAUAUUCUCAGGUCCAGCCAUAUCUCGCAUCAACAGCGCCCCGUUCGAGGCCGUGGUAGUGACCAACACCAUCCCUCAGGAGGAGAAGAUGAAGGCGUGUCCAAAAAUACAGGUCAUUGACAUCUCCAUGAUCCUGGCAGAGGCCAUCAGGAGAACCCACAACGGCGAGUCGGUGUCCUACCUCUUCAGCCACGUACCCUUAUAAAGGAAGAGAGCAGGGCGACCCCCGCGGCUCUCUCCCAUCGGGCCAUCAGGCCGGCACUUUCGGGCACCGUCUCCCAGUUGAAGCUGAAGGGGAAGAAAAAAACCGCAUGUGACUGUUUAAAGGUCACGCCCACACAUUGUCCUUUAGGCAGACAGAGUGAAAUAUCACUUCCUUCUCUGAAGACCAACUUUGUAUUUAUGAGCAUCUAUUUUUUUUUUAUUUCUCUCUGUUGUUGCUUCAGUUUCAGUCUUACUAACCUUGAUUCCGGGACUCCUGGCCUUCACUUUAACCAAAGGGUCCAUAAUGUAACAUCAUGUAUUAUUUGUAGCUCACUUUAAAUGAAAUGUUCCACUGUGUCAUGGGCUUAGAGAUAUUUUGGCGCUUUCUGCUUCACACAGUAAUAAACCUAAAAUUGUGUCCCCUCCUGCCACUCAAGUGUUUGCUUUGUAACAGCUGCUAAAAGUCUUACAGUCGUAGCCGAACUCUUUAACUAGCCGACACUUUGAUUCUGAUAGUUUAUGCUUUGCACUCGGUUCCAGCUGCACGGCGAGUGUGAUUGUGCUGACGUGACUGCGAGCACGGAGUCAAAUCAGAGAGCUGCAAAUACUUUUAGUUCCUUAUUUCGUUGAGCGAGCCUUGCUCAGUAAGCUGCUGUUGCGCGAUUGUAGGGCAGCCUUCUGUACUUAGAAUUGUACUAAAAAAAUACGUAACAGUGAAUACGAGGUGCAGUGGAUGCUUUACCCGCUUUUCCAAAAGGUCAUAAGAAAUCGAGCCCAAAGCUUUGUUAUAGUUUGAAGAUUUCAGCCAUGAUUUGUAGUUUAAAAACAUAAAAACAUGGGGAAUCAGCUGUAAUGGCUCACAUUUGUUUGAAUUGUUCACCGUUUGCCUGUAGGUGGAUUUAGAAAAAGAAAGAAGUGGUUUCAUUUUUUAAAUAUUUGACACUUUGACAAUAAAGCUUUUGACAGUGGCUUCA